CUUGUUACCUUCGUACAGACGCUGCACAAAUUAUGGAAGUCAAGGGCGUUGCUCUCGGUGGCAGGUGGAAGUUCUCGUGCCGUUGCUGCUACUUGCUGGGAACCAAUGUAUGCAAGUACAUACAUCAAGCAGGAACCUCCGGACGAAAGCCUCUCUCCACCAGGAAACCGUAGACACACUGAGGAACUUAUAACAGAUGACUGUGCAGAACCAGUACAUUCAAGUGCAUACAUCAAGGAGGAAUCUCUCGACCAAAGACUGUCUUCACCAGGAACCCAUGAAGACACUGAGGAACUUAUAACAGGUGACUGUACAGGAGUGGUUCUCUCCAGAGGUGUUCUUCAAAUUAAAAAAGAACCCCAGGACUCCUGUGACACCCCAGAUUCAAGUUGCAGCUCCUCAGCUACACAGUUCAUAGACUCUUCUCCGGAUCAUCAAGUCUCGAGAAGCACAAAUGGUGACCUCGCAUUCUUGAGUGAACAGAGCCUAGUGCAAGAAGAGGACAGUGCAGACUCAUCACUGCAAGUGACAAAACACACGAGAAACAGUCUUGCGAAACGGAGGCCAUUCAAGCGGGACAAAUGUGAACUCCGAGACACACCGUUAUCUCGGGCCCGGGACAUAAGGGGAGACGCGGGACCACAGAUACGAACAAAGCCUUUCAAAUGUAAAGACUGUACCGCCACAUAUGUUGAGCCUGAGCAGCUUAAGAGACACUGCGUGCUCGUGCACGCAGGAAAAAAUCUGCACAAGUGCGAAUUCUGUUCCGCAGCAUUCGGCGAAUCCAAAAACCUGAAACGUCACAUGCGAACGCAUACGGGAGAGAAGCCGUACAAGUGCGAACUCUGUCCAGCGGCGUUCGGCGAGUCUAGAAACUUGAAGCGUCACGUUCAAACCCACACCGGAGAGAAGCCGUUCAGGUGCGAUCGCUGCGGAGCAGAAUUCAGCCAGUCUGCACACCUGACGCGUCACACGCGGAUACACACGGGAGAGAGGCCGUACAAGUGUGAACUGUGUUGCGCGGCAUUCAUUGAAUCCAGAAAACUGAAGUGCCACGUGCGAACACAUACCGGGGAGAAGCCGUACACGUGCGAAGUCUGUCGCGCGGCAUUCAGCGAGUCCAAAAACCUGAAACGCCACAUGCAGACGCAUACGGGGGAGAAGCCGUACAAAUGUGAACUCUGUCCCGCGGAAUUCAUUCGGUCUUCCGACGUGAAACGUCACAUGCAGACGCACACCAGGGAGAAGCUGUACAAGUGUGAACUCUGUCCCGCAACGUUCGUUCGGUCUUCGUACGUGAAAAGCCACAUGCUAACGCACACCGGGGAGAGGCGGUACCGGUGUGAACUCUGUCCCGCCGCCUUCAGCCACUCUCACGGUCUGAAGUGCCACAUGCGUACCCAUACCGGGGAGAGGCCCUACAAGUGUAAACUUUGUCCUGCAGCGUUCACUCAGUCAAACGGCCUGAAAUGUCACAUUCGGAUACAUACCGGGGAGAAGCCGUUCAAGUGUAAGCACUGUCCUGCAGCUUUCGGUCACGCUAACAGCCUGAAAUGGCAUGUGCGAACACAUACUGAAGAGGCAGUACAAGCGUGAACUUUAUCCUGCAGCUUUCGGUGAUGCUAGCAGCCUGAAACCGCUAGCGCGAGCACAUGCUGGGGCCUUCAUUCUCGUCGAAAGUAAUCCACCCGCUUAUUUCCUCUGUAAGCUGCAGUUAGUUGCAAAAUAAAGAAGGCGUGAAGAAUAAGAGUGGUAAGUCACGUGCCGUCAACCACUGCUCGAGCCUUUAAAGCAUGGAAUUGUGUUGCACCAGGGAGACUGCCACAAGAAAAUGCCCCGUAUCUGUGAUGUGCUUUUGUGGAGGUCUUGCACGAGUUCUGCAAGGAUGCCAGAUCGUUGAAAUAAUGGCACACAAUUAUGAUUAAGACCCCUGGUUUUCAGCUGUGGCAAAUUCAAAAUUAUGCGGCACUUGACUUGUAAGUUCCGCGAUUUUCCGCUGCAAGCACUCGGCGGCUGCUUGAAACGGGAAACAGUCUAUUUGCUUGGAUAAUGUGUGGACAAAAAUAUUUUAUAAAGUU